AUGAAGAAGAAGUGGCUACACACAAUAAGGAGAGAGGAAGGAAAAUACUUCAAGGUGACUAAAAGCACAAGGGUUCGACAACGACAUUUCAGGGAAGGCGAUAUAAAAAAAACCCUUUCUGGGAAAAAUGAACUAAAAGACGGAGUUGUUCCCAGGCUCUGUUUUUCCGUGGAUUCGAACAUCGCCACGUAAAAGAAAGGAGCCGAUGGAAAGACACUUUGAAGAGACCGCUUCGAAAAGUGCAUCAAGGAAAUUGUCUUCUUCAGUUGUUGUCAUGGAAGAAUUAUCAAAUGAAAUGGUACCAGAUGUAUCAGAUUUAAGCUCACAAUUUGAAAACGUAGAAACACAAACUGAUUUGACUGAGCACGAAGCCUACUUGACGGAAAUCAUUGACAACAAUAACAAAAGGAUUUAUGAGCUAGAACAAGAAAUUGAUGAACUUAAGCGUCAGCUGCAAGAUACCCAGUGGCGGAAUAAUGCCCUUAAUAAGAGACUGUUUUCCUUUGAAAACUUAAAGUCAAAAGAUUCCAAUGCUGCUUUUUAUUCCGGCUUCCAAACCUGGGAUGCUUUUAUGGCUGUUUUUGAGUACCUUGAUCCUGGCGAGCGAGGUGAGAACAUUUCCUUCUGGCGAUCUUCCACUGACAUCACAUCUGAUUAUAGCGAGGACCAAACGGAUGAAUUACUAACGAAAAAGGGGAGAGCUCGAUCUUUAAAGCCCCUUGACGAAUUUUUUAUGGUGAUGUGUAGGCUGAGGCAAGGAUUUCCUGAAGAUCAUUUAGCUAACUUAUUCAAUGUAUCAACUCCCACAGUGAGUAGAAUAUUUAUCACAUAG